AUGGCGACGUCGUCAUUCGAGACGCAGCGACAGGCGACGUGCGACGCGCUGCUGGAGCGCCUUGUCGUGAGCCAGCUGCGCACCUACCUGGGAGUCUCGCUGGACUGCAUUCGGCGCGUCGAUGCAGACGACCGAAAACGCGAGUCCGCCGCCGAGGCAGACGGCGCCACGGAGGAUGGAGUCGAGGCAGAGGAGAACGAUCAAAUCGUUAGACAAAACGCCCAAGUUGCUCUCGAGUUCGCACGCGCGAACUGCGCCUUCCACUCCUUCGGGACGAUCAACCCUAGUGCCGUGAAGGACGACCUCGCGCAGCUGUUGGACUCGCUCGAAGCCUUUCAGCAGGUCUACAAGGCGGCGGCGCUGCGGCGCUGUCUCUCGCGUCUCCUCUCUCCGCCCUUCGCGCCGCUGUGUGCGCCGAGCUCUCCAGCGAAGCUGAAGCAAGUCGACAGUGCGAUGCGCCAAACUGAAGAAGAAGAGAAACGAUACGGAAUCCUCCGCCUCCUUCUCGACCUCGCGCAGCACCCCAGCGCCGACACCCGAGACGAAAUACACGUCCUGCGCCUCGAGCAGGAAAGACAGCGCCGCGAGGCGCGCCGCGUCAAUGCCGAGGCGCAGCGGCUGGAUGAAGAGCGCGAGGCGCGCGAAGACCUCGACGCGCUCCAGCGCGCGCAACUCGAGGAUUACCUGGAGGAGUUCAUGGAGGACGCGCGGAGCAGCUCGGACGACGAGGUCGGUGCGGGCGCGCCGGCGACCGCCAGGAGACCUCCGCCAGCGUCUCCGCCCCAGACGGCGCCGUGGGCUUUCGGCGCAGGCCCGAGCGAGACGACGCCCGCGCCCAGUGGCCGUCGCGCACUGCCAGACGAGGCAGAAGACGAAGUGCGAAGCGAGGGCACAUCGCGCCGAGAAGGUGCCCUCGAAGAGCUCCACGGAAGGGGCGACGCAGACGACGCGGAUGCAAACUUUGAGAGCCUCGUGCUAGGCCGCCUGCUGAACGCCCUCGUCGGUGACGAGCCGGUCUCUGCCGCGCCACUGGGCGCCUUGGACGCCGGUGCCGACGAGCUCGGCGAGCCUUGGGUACGCGACCUCGCGCUCAUGAGCGCGACGCAUGCGCCGCUCCCCUCGCUGUUGGCGCGCCCGCAGGGUCAGCUGCAGCUUCCACCGGGGUCUGUCCUAGCCGCGGGGACAGCCUCGGGGCUGAGCGGCGCAAUUCGGCCUUUCAGUCGACCGAAAACUGGCGCGCGCCUAAGCACCGAGAGGGACGCCAAGCAGGCAAGCGAGAAGGACGUGAAUGACGGAGAUGCGCCUCUGAACGUCACCGAGGCGUGGCUCGUUCAGCACGUCCUGCUCGCGCUGUCCGCGCUCGACGCCGCCCCCGUGUUUCUUCGCCUCACGCCUGGGGACUCUGAGAAGGAGGCGGAGGCCGCCGAGGCCUCGACGCAGGCAGCCGCUCUGUCGGAGGCGUGCUGCAGCCCUCCGUGCCGCUAUCCGCAGGUGGUGCGAGCUGGUACGGCUGCCUGCGACGCGCAGCACCUGUCCCCCGGCGCGGUCGCCUCCGUGUUGGCAGAAUUCGGGCGCGCGGCCUCUGCAGUGCUUCUUCUAUCUCGCUUUGCCGAGAGGCUCGCCUCGCUGCCCUCUUCGCCUGUGCGGAUCGACGCGGCCGUCAACACCGCGGCGAGCGCGCAAAGGGAUCCGCGACGCCCUCGCGCGGGCUUCAGGCUCUCUCUGCUACACUUUGUCGGUCCGCACGACUCAGCUGGCUGCUCGGCCUCGCACUGCACCGGAGGGCAGCCGCCGGGUGGUGCGUCCUCGUGGGCCUUCGCCUCUGCGUCGGGGCGCUUCGGCCUCGGCGCCUCGGCGCGGAACCUCGAGUCGUUGGUGGCUGCCGGCGAACAGGGCGGGGGGAGCGCGUGCGUCGACGCGUUGAAGGGCGCUCUUGAUGUGCUGUUCCUGCAGUGGGCGGCGCUGGUCGCGGAGCUUCAAGAGCGCCAGACGAAGGCGCUAAACGCGGAGCUCGCGUCGCCGUUCUUUCGCGCAGGCACGCCUGUGGGCUCGCCUGCGCGGCAGCGCCUGGAGGCCCUCCGCCGCGUAGGCCCGCUGCCGGAGCUGGGCGCCCGGCGAGCCGAAUCCCGAGAAGCCGACGCCGAUGGCGACGCGGCGCGCUGCUGGGAAGAGGAGGGGGAGAAUGAGAGGGUGGAGGAGGAUUCAGGCAGGCCGCUCACGCUGCUCGCGUUGUGGCAUGCGCUGCGAGAUCAUCUGCGGUGUUGGACGAGCCUCGCGGCGUCUCUCGAGGGCAUUCUGAACGCGUUUGCCUUUGGCCCCGCCCUCCCGUCUCUGCCGACUGUGGAGGCGUCCGCGCCUGCGCCUCGGCUGCUUUUUUUCAGGGCCGCCGAGGGCGCUGCGCUCGGCGUGUUGUUUCUGAGCGAAGGCCUCGCGCGCUUGCAGGAGGCGGAGAUGAAGGGCGACUGGCUGCUUCAGCGCUUCUGGGGAUUCUUCCUUUUCCACGCGUUCCGGCCGCUGCUCCUCGCACUCGACCGCUGCAUGGGCUUCGGCGAGACGCGCGGCUUCCGGCGCGACCUCGAGUUGCUGCUGCAGCUGCCGGCGGCCUGCGAGCGCAGGGGCGGCGAAGCGCCCACUGGCUUCGACGCCCGCGCCGCAGCGGACGGCGCCGACGUCGUUCCCCCCCAUCUGCCGACGCUCCCGCAGUUCCUCCGCGACCUCCUGAGCCUCUCGCGGCGCACGGGCGAGGCGGUUGAGGCCGCCAGGGCGGUCGCGAAGAUGAAGCUGAGUGCCGAGGAGAAGUCGAGAAAACUGGAGAAAAAUGGCCCAACAGCUUUGCAGAGCCGCGGUGGAGACGGCGCGGUCUCCAGCGAUGCAGAGUCGACCCGAAGCGAGGCCACAGAGGACGACGAGGCGCUGCUCUGGGAUGCCAUCGAGCGAGAAGGCGCCGCGCGCGUGGCGGAUGCGUUUCUUGACAAACUCAGAGCGGCCGGCGAGCCCGUGGAACGCGCGUGCGCCGCAGAGGCAGUGGAAGCGAACGGGCUGCAAGGCAAUGCCGACGCGGGCUCGCGCAGACGACGCCGCGAGCGGGACUCGCUGCGCGGCCGCGCGGAGAGAGAGAGCGAUGCGGAGCAUGCGAACCUCCUCGGAGAGGAGACUGUCGACGGAGAGUUGAAGGUGCUCGUUGACAGACUGGCUGCCUGGAAUGCGCUCCGGAGGAAGCCGGGCGACCCACAGCCGCGCUGCGGCACCGCGGCGCAGAGCGGCGAAACAGAGAACGGCGAGGGAUCGCAGGAGACUUGCGAGCCGCGUGCAGUCCAAGACGGAAGCGCUCAAGAGGCGCUGGCGUGCCUGGAGGAUGCAGGGCACGACGCGGAGGAACGGGAGGCGCUUCGUCUGUCGCUGCGCCCUUCCUCGCUCUCGGCGACGCCCCCGACCGUCUUGGCGUCUGUCGCACUUCUCGAUGCCCUCUGCGGCCCGUCGCCGGCGGUGCAGCAUCUCGACAGAAAGCGAAGCGAGGCGGCCACUUGCUGGCGGAGCGGAGGCCGCUGGCGAUGUAGGCAGGAUUCCGCUCGCGAGGGGCUUGCGCCCUCAGACGAGGAAGAGCAGAGUGGAGCUUCGGCGCGAGGUGUCUGGCGGCCUGAGGAGGUCACGAAUCUCUUCUUGCAGACGCGGCUCACGCAUCAGCUCGUGGACUUUGCGCGCCAACUCGAGACGGCGACUACGCUCGCGGUUCUCGACCGCACACGCAUCCUCGAAGCUGUCGCCGUCACGCGCGCCGUCGCGCUGUUGCAGGUCCACAGCGAGAUGCAGCCGCUCUUCGAGCUCCUGUUCGCCCACGCCGACGCGCCGCUAGCCCACGUCGAUCCCUUGCAGCUCAACUACGUGCUGCGCGAUGUCCUCUUCUCGCCGUCGCCCUCUCGUGUGCCGGCGUCCGCGGAGGCCGCCACUGACGCGGCCUCGCGUCCCUCGUCGCUCUGCGCGGCGCUCCAGCGGGCGCUGGCCGCUGCACUGCGACCGUCGGAGGCGCAGGCUGCGGCGGGCGUUCAGGCCCUCGGCGACACCCGCCGAGCCGCUGGCGCCGCAGAGACUGGGGCGGCGCGCGAAGGGGACAUCGCGCAGGCCACGUGCACGCGAGAGGCGAUUCGCGCGAAGCUGUGUUCGCUGGAGCGUGUCGAGGCCGCCGCGGGGGCCCUGUCGCUCAGCCUCAUGACAGAAAACCCCGUUCUGCACACGCCUGAGGCCGCGUCGUUCGCAGUUGCGGCUGCGAACGUGGUCUUUUGCCCCGAGGAGAGAGGCAGGGACAGCCCGGAGGGCGACGCGCGCGCGGGAGCCGAGGACGCCGGCGGCAAGUGCGGCAGACUCGCGUUCGCGUAUCUCACGCUUCGGUACGCGUCGCCGCCGUUCUCGGCCUCCGCGCAUCCGCGGUACGCAGCGCAGCGCCUGCUUAGCCCUGAGAUCCUCCUUUUGUAUUCCUCGCUCUUCGCGUUCCUGCUCGAACUCGAGCGAAGCGCCGCGGCGCUGCUGCGGCUUCCCUCGUCGCUCUAUUCGCUCUUUCUCGCAGAUUCGCGCGGCCUGAGUCGAGGCGCUCCCCACGGCGGAGCCCGCCUCGAUGCCGCAGAUGACGACGCUCCGGACUCUCUGCGGGAGAUACGGGCGCGACACGAGCUGGCGAACUCGUUCGCGGACGACGCCGAUUCGGCCUCGGACUCUGCGCAUCUGCGCGCCUUCUGCGUGCAGUUCUACCAGGCCGCCAUGAAGCUGCGCGGCGAGCUCGCGCACGUUCUCUUCGCUCUGCAGCGGCACGUCGGCUUUGUCUGCGGGCAGCGCGGGCUGGCGUCGCUCCUUGAGCUGCUGCUCGCUUGCACCUCGAUUGAAGACAUGGUUGCCGCCCACCGCCGCGACCUCGAACUGCUGCUGGCGCUGCUCCUGGUGCCGCUCCACGCGGCGGCCCUCGAUGCCGACCUCACGGCGUCCCCUGCCGCGUCGUUUGCGGCAUCGUGGCAGCCCCCGCCCGUCGUGGCUGCUGAACCGUUUUCGCUCGCCGACUCUGCAGUGAACUUCCAACUCAACGUAGUCCUCGCGCCGCAUCUGCUCCUGCUCCUUCGGGCGCCGCGCGACCUCCAGCGGCUGUCGGAGGCCGUCCUCCACCUCGUCCGCGCGCGCAGCGACCCCCUACCCGAACCGGAGGACGACGACGAGGGCGAAGAGGAGGGCGACGACCUGAGGCUCUGGCGCAGAAACCGCGGGCGGGUGUCGCUCCUCGGCCUCUACAGACAGGCGCCGGUCAACUCGCGCGGCCCCGAGGCUUUUCUAGGCGCCGAAUCCGGCGAAGGCCUGGAGCUUGAAGAAGCGACGGAGCACAGAGAGCGAAGGCGACGCGAGACACGAAAGGAGCUUGAGAGCUGCAUGCAGUCCCUCGAAGCGCUUCAGUUUAACGUGCGUCGCGCAGCGCUGUGUCUGGUGGCACUGCUGCGGGCUGCGGUCUUCUCGUCGCCGACGAUGAUUUUGGACUCGGUGCCUCCGACGCAGGCCUUCCCUGAGCACGCGCUGUCUGUAGCCUCGUUUCUCUUCGGCCGCAUCGCCGCCGAGUGCCUGUGCCUCUCCCCGGCGUCGUCCCUCGCGACAGGCGAGAGAAAGACCACCGACGUUCGACGACGAGAGGGGGUCACCGCCUGCGAGGAAGGCGCGCCCGGGCUCGACGUAUGUGAAGACGUCGCCUGCGGCCUCCGGCUGCUGCAUUCGAUGCUGGACUUCAACAACUUCUACUCGGAAAAACUGGAAGAAUUUGCCCGCGAAGAAUGGGUGCACGACGUCGCAAAAGCGAGCUUCGCGCGGAACGAGAACUACCGCUGA